CGCAGUUCUUCGCGACGACAUCAAACAGCAAAACGGCGGAAAGGGCCAGCUCAGCAGCGGCAGUGAGGGCUGAGAGACGUGAUCAGAGAAGCACAGGACGCCGAUCAUGGCGAACCACAUUGCUCUGAGGUUCCUCGGCACUUCGUCCCAGACGGGCGCGUCCAGGAAUUACUCCAGCCUGCUCGUCAAGAUUAACAAUCAUGCUGCCAUGGUGGAUUGUGGCGAGGCGACUCAGAGGCAGCUCCUGAGCCGAUACGUGGGCGGAGACGACCGAAUCGGCUCCAUUCGACACAUCUUCAUCACUCAUCUCCACGCUGAUCACGUCCUUGGAAUUGUCCCUCUGCUUCUCUCAAUGAUGGGUCCGACCGGAAAUGCAGUGCCCGAAUCGAGCUUCAAGACACCCAGAGUCGAGAUCUUUGGUCCGUCUGGCUUGCGCGCACUCAUCCGAACCACCUUGACGCUCUGCUAUUCCCAGCUCUCGGGCUCCUACACCGUACAUGAGCUCUUGUGGGAGGGUCAGGCUGCCUAUCCCAAUGCCGCCCUGACAUCCGUUCAAGGUACUCCCGUAGCGGCUUCUGCGCCCGAGAUGGACGCCAGCCUCAAGGGUGCCAAGCUCGGUGCGCUUCGCUUCAUUCCCCACUUGCCCCCGCACGAAAACGAGCUGCCAGGCAUGGACUUCCGCAUGGACAACGAGUCUUGCUCCUGGCCAAACAUCGCCUCCGUGGGCGGCGUCGCAGUCAGCGCAGCCCCGAUCCUUCACCGCUGCCCUACGGUAGGCUAUGUCUUUGACGAGCCCGACGGCGCCUCUCCCGUGCCCCAAGGGGUGAUUGACCUGCUGCGAGCCAAUUCCAAGCAGCUUCUCGAGCAGCAGAACAUCCGGAACCCGCUCAUGCUGCUCGGCAAGUUGACAAAGGACCGUGUCGCCGUUGAGCUGCCAGAUGGCACGGUGCUCCAGCCUCCCCCGCUCAGCGUGCCCGGCCGCAGAAUCGUGGUCCUGGGCGACACGUACGAUGCCACUGGUGGUCUCGACGUCGCCUCGGCAGAGGAAGGUAGCGAGGCGGAAUCGCACGCCUCGACUGGGCCUCGCGGCAUGCUGGCGCUUGCCCGUGAUGCAGACGUCGUCGUUCAUGAAUGCACCAAUGCAGCCAUGUCCGACCGCGUGCUCGCCAAGGGCCUCAAGGUCGAGAAGCGCGACGAGGUGCGAGCCAAGGCGCUCCUACGGGGACACUCGACGCCCCAGGUUGCUGGGGCCUUUGCGGGCCGAAUCGGGGCGAGGCAGCUGCUGCUCAACCACUUUAGCAUCAAGUAUCCCGCCCCGACGUCUGCUGGCGGCUGGACGGGACCAGCAGCCAAAAAGGAAAACGAAAAGCGGAGGGCCGUGAUGCGUGAGAUUGAAGAGCAAGCCACCGAGGCCUGGCAUGCCUCGCUGCGCUCUCCUUCAGACCAUGUAGCAAAGAUCCAUGAACAGAGCGCAAGAAGGAGGAGGGCCGUGGCUACAUGGGACGGCUUUCUCUACCGUGUCCCGAGGAGAGACGAGGGCGACGAGGAAGACAAGACUCUGUCCGAGCACGACGGCACACCCAGUGCCAAUGUCAAUGACGGUGGAGAGGAUGGCGAUGACGAGGACGACGAUCGUGCUUCCACGACGGCCUCAUCCAUCGCUGGCGCACGUGAGCCAGCGCAGACGGCCGUGCCAAGGCGUUCAAACGGGAGCGGCCACAGAGGCAGCCGCGGCAACAGCAGAGGAGGCGGGGUUGCCAGGAGGGGAAGAGGUGCGGCAAGAGGUGCUGGUCUGCCUACUGGCCCUCGCAGCAGCGCAACAUGAAUGCCGCCAUUAUCGACUUGACACGACGGCAUUGGUCGGAUUUACCCUUUGACUCAUGAAAGCUCGGUCACCCAGGCAAAAGAAUCGCAAGCCGUGGCACGCGGCGUUUACAAUGGCGCGCGCGGCUUCUACAAGAGGCCAUGGUGGAAGCGCGACUCUUGCCCUAAGUCCGGUCUUAUUCGGGCCGAGCAGAGAGUGCCAUGGCUUUAGAGUGGAACGAGCAAGGCGACAAAGGAGAUACACUACUGUCCUUGUCCAUAGGCGUUAUGCGGCCCGACUGUCCGACGCGACAGGGAACUGGUGGCUAAAUCCGCGGAGGCGGAAAGCGUGCACAGAAACUCAAGGAACAGCUACAGGUACCCUACGCAUCUCUAAUUUUAACGUCUCCUCCACCGCGUGUGUAAGAUUGCCUGACACAUGAACCUCAAUUCUCUCACACCGGCCAUCAUGCAAUAGGGAAA